UGCACACUCUCACUCUCAGAGUCUCACACCCACACCGCUCGGCCAUCAAAACUUCACAAAGAUGCCGAGGUCCACCAGCCGCCUCCUUCUGCUCGCGCUAGCGGCGAGCCACCUGCUGCUCGCCGGCGCCGGCGCCGGCUGCGGGCCGAGCGGCACGCUCCGGCCGAGCCGGGGCCACUCGUGCGAGGACUGCUGCAAGGCCGGGCAGGCGUACCCGACGUACACGUGCUCGCCGCCGGUCUCCUCGUCCACCCGGGCGGUCAUGACGUUGAACGACUUCGACGCGGGCGGCGACGGCGGGGACCCGUCGGAGUGCGACGGCGCGUUCCACCACAACUCGGAGCGCGUGGUGGCGCUGUCCACGGGGUGGUACAGCGGGGGCUCCCGCUGCGGCAAGAGCAUACGGAUCCGGGCCAACGGCAGGUCCGUGCUGGCCAAGGUCGUCGACGAGUGCGACACCGUCAACGGGUGCGACCGCGAGCACGCCUUCCAGCCGCCGUGCCGCAACAACGUCGUGGACGCCUCCCAGGCGGUCUGGGACGCGCUGGGCAUCACCGGGGAGGAGGUCGGCGAGUACAACGUCACUUGGGCGGAUGCAUGACCUAUAUAUGGUGCAUGGACGAAUAAAGUGCACGUCCGAACCCAAAAUGAAUAAAAGGAGUUUGUAAGGGCCGCCUAUUUAACAGGGCAUCUGAAUUUUCUUUUGGCUUAA